GGAGGUACCUGUGGCGUGACGUUGCCGUUGGCCCAGUGUCUUUUUCAGCGGGGACUCGGCGCCUGUCUCUCUCCCUCUGCGAUCAGUGGGUGAGAGGGGGGAGAGAGCGACGCACAGCACAGAACCCGGCGUGCGCCUCCGUCACCAUCUUUGCUGGCUCAUCCUUUCAUCGCCGCCACCGACCCUGGAUCCCGCUGCCUCGGCGCCGGAGACGCCAGGAGAGCUUGCAGCAGCGCACCGACCAUCCGCUGAAUCUCCAGUGCGCAUCUGAAUGACGGGCGGAAGGUUUGACUUCGACGACGGUGGCACGUACUGCGGGGGGUGGGAGGAUGGCAAAGCCCACGGACACGGCAUCUGCACCGGACCCAAGGGCCAGGGCGAGUACGCCGGGUCCUGGUCGCACGGCUUCGAGAUCGUAGGGGUGUACACUUGGCCCAGCGGGAAUACCUACAGGGGCUACUGGUCCCAGGGGAAGCGGCACGGGCUCGGCGUGGAGAAUAAGGGCAAGUGGAUCUACCGCGGAGAGUGGAGCCACGGCUUCAAGGGUCGCUACGGAGUCCGGCAGAGCCACAACACGCCUGCCAGAUACGACGGUACGUGGAGCAACGGGCUGCAGGACGGAUAUGGGAUCGAAACGUAUGGAGACGGCGGCACCUACCAGGGCCAGUGGAUGGGCGGGAUGCGCCACGGCUACGGCGUCCGCCAGAGCGUUCCCUACGGCAUGGCCGCCGUCAUCCGCUCCCCGCUGCGCACGUCUCUGGCCUCGCUGCGCUCCGAGCAGAGCAACGGCGCCGUGCUCCAGGACCUGUCGCCCCCCGCGGACACGCCGACCGGCAGCCGCGGGGGCUUCGUCCUCAACUUCCACUCCGACAGCGAGGCGGUCGCCGGCAAGAAGAAGGGCCUCUUCCGCCGCGGCUCGCUCUUCGGCAGCCUGCGGCAGCUGCGCAAGUCCGACUCGCGGACCUCCAUCUCCAGCAAGCGCAGCUCGGCGCGCAGCGACGCCGCCAUGAGCCGCAUCAGCUCCAGCGACGCCAACUCCACCAUAUCCAUCGGCGACGGCGAGCUGCAGGACGAGGACCUGCCUCAGGAGGACCACGUGGACGCCACCACGACGGAGACCUACAUGGGCGAGUGGAAGAACGACAAGCGCAACGGAUUUGGCGUUUCGGAGAGGUCCAACGGGAUGAAGUACGAGGGGGAAUGGCUUAACAACAAGCGCCACGGCUACGGGUGCACGGUUUUCCCGGACGGCACCAAAGAAGAGGGGAAGUACAAAAAUAACGUGCUGGUGCGUGGAAUACGGAAGCAGUUGAUUCCUCUUAAGAACCCCAAAACCAAAGAGAAGGUGGACCGGGCCGUGGAGGGGGCUCAGCGGGCGGCGGCGAUCGCCAGGAGCAAGGUGGAAAUAGCGGCUUCCAGAACAGCCCACGCCAGGACAAAAAGCGAAGCCGCCGAUCAGGCUGCUCUCUCGGCUGUGCACGACUCCGAAAUCGCCAGGGCGGUUGCUCGGGAGCUCGCCCCCAAUUUCUACCAACCAGGACCUGACUACAUAAAACAGCAGUUAAAGGAGCCAGUGGAGAUUAAAGAAGUCCCCGUUGAAAAAAAGGAGAGCUCCCCGAAGGAUUCUCCGCACUUUUACCGUAAAGGUACAACUCCCCCCCACUCCCCCGUGGCUAGUCCUGGAGGCUCGCCUCCCCCCUCGCCUCAGUCUAGCAAGAAAAAAGGCCAAGUCGCCAACAGCAGCGGCAGCCGCAAAAUCAGCCGGGAGGAGAAACCUUCUCGCAAGACGAGCAAACAAGAAGAGAAGCCCAGUCAUAAAACCAACAAGGACGAGCGGUCCAGCAAGAAGCAGAACAAAGAAGAGAGGCUGUCCGUGGUCGAUGGGCCCAAAGGUUCUCACGUGCAUGCCGAGGCUCCGCCUAAGCCCGCUAAAGCUCCCCAGCCCCCCCCCACGUCCGCUCCUCCACAGCCUCCUGCGAUUCCAGUCAACGGCGAGCUCCACACCGAGUACCACAGUUACUACGUCAAGGCCCCUACGAGGGUGCGCCCACCUCCGGACCCCGAGGAGUAUCUGGACGAAGAGCCCAGUGCCCUGGCUCUGGCACGUAUGCCCCCGCCGCCCCCUAAGUCCUUUAGUACCCCCACUCCUAAGCCAGCCUCCACAGCGGAGAGCAAGAGCGACACUAAACUCAGGAAGCAGGAUUCCAUAAAGCCAAAGAGCCUCACAGACACUAAGAAAGCCAGUAUGGAGAUUGCAGAAAGCAUGGAGGAAUCGGGCCCUAACUCGGUCCUUGUUGCUAUGGUAAUGCUGUUGAAUAUUGGCCUUGCUAUUAUAUUUGUCCAUUUCCUGACAUGAUGCUGUUUCUCGGUGAAACCAUGGCAACCGGUGCAGUUGCAUCGCCGGCCUUGAUAAUUAAAGAUGGCGCCAGAGAGACGUGGGGGGUGGCCGUAGGUGUUUGAGAGUCAGCGUUGACACUGAAGGGAAGCGGCAGGAAGGCACCACCACCACCACCGACCUGCGAGGGGCCUCGUCCAUGGCCAGCCCCCGUCAUCUAGCACUCCCUCGGCUUCUCCGAAAAGCUGAGGUGAAAUGUCGUGUCUUGUGAGAUUUUUUUUUUCAAAGUUUAAAAAUGCAACCAAGCAUACGCAGUCUGGAAAAAGAAGUAACUGAAACCCACACGUGUGCUGAUCCAAGCACUGGGUCUCUGUAGCCCACUUCCACUGCCUUGGCAGAGAUGGGGGCUGACGGGCUUUGCUGGAAGAGAGUGUGGAGAUGCACUUUUAGAUGACGGGAGCAAGCAGCUGCCUUUCUAUUUUGCCAUCUGACGUUUUGAUGGGGAGAUGUGAGCCCCGCGGCCCGGGAGGGGUGUGUGUGUGUUGGGGGGGGGGAGUGAAGACAGCCGCCAUGGGAGCGUGCACGGGUGCUCUGAGCAACUUUAGGGGUUCACAACACUUUUGCAAGAAGUAAGUGAGCGCGGCCGUCGCCAGCAGUCGGUGCUAGCACGGUCACUAGCCAGUCUUACUCUGUUAAUCCACUCAUCACCUUUGUGACCCAGGAUACACUGCUCUGAAACACUCCCCGUGCAUGGUACAGUUUUAACAUUUAGCUUUUAUUUGUUUUCUUUUUGUCGUAUCGUAGCUCUGUCCAUUGUUGUUCUCUGAAUGUUGGUCGAAAAAAGCUUAUAGGAGUAAAAAGGAAGUUUAUUUCUUCUCAGAAUGACUAAACCAAUCUGUUUUCCCUUUUAUUUUGAAAAGUCAUUGGAAUUAAUUUCACACACUUCAUCAGAAUUUGACAUCACACAUUCACCUUACUGAAAGUGCAAUAUGUUUUAUUUUUUUAAAGGAAAAUUAUAUUUUGCCAAAAAAAAGUAGUGGUUGUAAAUGAUAACAAUGUUCCAUCUAUUUUGUCAGACACAUAAUUUAAAGCCGCUCGCUUGGAAGCACUGUGAGAGUGAAGUAAUAAAUGUCUUAUGUUAUAUAUUAAAUCAGAUAGGAAAGGUAUUGCGGAGACUGUUUCUCCGUUUAGUACAGCGCUCUCAUGCUGAGGGGCCCUGCAGCGCUCGCACGCUCACGACCCUGGAUACAAACGGUCUUGCUGACAUUCACAGUUGAAUAUAUUGAGGUCUUGGGAAACGUGACACCAGGGAGAAGGAGAAAUGCCUUUAAAAGUCUUUAACAGUAGAACUGUUUACCUCAUAAAACCGAUGAGGACAGAGGGGAGGGCGAGUGAGACCAUCCUUGUCUUAACGUAGUUAUGUGUGUGUGUGUGGGGGGGGGGGGGUCCUCUGAAUCACGCUUUCAGCUUGCCUCGUCGUAGCUGCUCGUAGUCUUCGUUGCAGGUGUGGCAUGAGUUUCUUUGAGUUUAAAAGUGGUUAUUUAUAUUUCCUGUCAUCACUGCAAAGAUUAAUUAUUUAUUCAUUCUACUGCAGACGUGUUUAUGAACAGUGGUCAUCAUAAAAAAGGGCUUUGAUUAAUAUGACUUCACGGUGACGUUUCACGGCAUUAAACUUGACAACAGUGUAUAUUCUAUUACAAAAUGAGCAGCAUGCUUCACUUGAAGACUGGAAUCCACUGAAAAUCUGAAAAGUCAAUGAAAAGAUAAAGACCAAGAAGAUGAACGAUCAAAUCCGCUGCUGAAUAACAUGAAGUUUCUCUGCCCUGUUUCUGUUCGUUACCCCACCUUCACACAAGCAUGGUGAAGGCCGGCGUUUAACCAAACAGCCUGUUUAUGGGAUAUUUUUUUGAAAAUGCAAGACUGCAUGUUGGGAAAAUUUAUAUAUAGAUUAUUAUAUACUAUUUGUAAAAAUUUUUACAGAGCACAAUACAGAAUCUGGUAUGAGUUGGUAUUUUUCUAACAAUUUGCACACCUGUAUUUUGACAAUGAAUAGAAGUUGUUUGUAAUUGGUAACGUAAUGCACAUGGUAAUGUUUGAAAGUGGAAGAAAAAAAACCUUUAUUUCUAAUUGGUUGUACUAUAUGUACCAUUUAGGGACGUGAGAGGCAGGUGUACUUGUUUGAGUAAUUUGGCGUACGCAAGGAACUGUAGGAGGCUUUUGAUAUCCUGAGGUUCAUGUUACCCCACUGAUUUGUGCAAAGUCGUUGGAGAUGAAGUUAAGUGUAUAACAAUAAAGAUGUUAUACUGUUAA